CAGAGAGAGGUAGAUGGAGGCUCGUGCUAACCCAGUAACCCGGGGCUUCUGGGGAGGGGGGCUUGCGUGUCCUUUCCGAAGCUUGGAGGUGUAACACGAAGCCCCCUCCCCAGAAGCUCCGGAACACUUAGGCAUGCUUCCCGGCAGCCCCCCCCAUUCCUACCUCCAUACUAUUUCCCAGUCCUCCUAACCCCCAGACUCCCCCCAGACUCCCACUUCUUUUCUCCGAACUCUUAACAUUCUCCUCCCACGUGUCCCACCACCUCCACGAAGGGUCUCGUUGCUCCCUCUGGAUUCUCUUUUCUCCAUCCUUGUGACAAUCCUGAUGUCCCCAUUGCUCCACCAUAGAUUCUGUACCUCUUGUGAUAACUACUGUGCCCCUGUAUUCUGUGACAAAUCCUCUGCCUCCCAUUCAUUGGUGACCAAUCCCUAAAUGUGUGCCUCCAGUCAAAUCCGAAGUCCCAAUCCCGUCCCAUGUGCUUCUCGGGCCACCUCAUGUAAGCUGUUUGAGAGCAAAAAUUGUUUUGGUUUUCUUUUUAUAUCCCCAGGGCCCAUGCAUCUUGCCCAUAGUCGGUGCUUAUGAUAGCAUAGAUCUGGACUAGCUGUUAGAGAUCUCACAGGCUGUCUAAUCCAAUAUCCAUAUUUUUACAAAUGAAGAAAUAGCCAUAAAGAGGGAUGCUAAAUGUUUAUUGAAUUUGAAUUAAUUAAACCAUAUCCAUUUCUUGUUUCAUCUCUUCCAUUUCUGAGAUCCCCAAAAUGAUGGAGAUUCAGCUUCCCCCUGGUGUAUAUUCCAACUCUAGAACCUACCCUCAGUCAGUUCUUGUCUCCUAUACUCAAUUCUUCCUUCUAUGGAGAUGACAGAUUCUCUAUCUCUUCUGCUUGCUCCUCCUGUACUCAAAUGACAGAUCCUCCAUCUCCAACUUUUUUUUUUUUUUUUAACUCUGAUAAGUCCUUUUGGUUUAAAUUCAACAUCUGUCCAUUUCCAUGUGGAGAUGUCCAUCAUCUAGAAUACUACAACCCUUAUGGAUGGACGUUAUCCUCCUCAUGUCUCUCUGUGCCCAUUUAACAGACUCUAUCCCUGGACAGGGUCAGAGCUGUCCUGCCAUGCUCUCGGAGUCUGAGCCAGGAGGCUCAGCGCUACAUUGCCGUGUGGCCCUAGAGGAGUUGAGCCCGGGUGGACAACCCAGGAGACGGCAGGCCAUCAAGGAUGCUGAGCUCAGCUUGGGCAGAAAUGAGCGAAGGGAAUUGAUGCUGCGCCUUCAGGGGACAGGUCCAUCCCGCUGCUUCCCCCUACGCAGUGCCAGACUUUUCACCCGAUUUGCAGCUGUUGGCCGAAGUGCCCUUCGGCUCAGCCCUGAUUCUGACUCUGGCCUUAGCUCCGGUCCCAUCCAGUUGCUGCUAUCUGACUGCCCCCCCGACAGGCUGAGGCGCUUCCUACGGACUUUGCGUCUUAAACUGGCCACAGCUCCCGGUCCAGGGCCAGCCCCUUUUCGAUCCCGGCUGCUUGGUCCCCGAUCUCAGGCCUUUUAUAACAUCAGUCCUAUCCAACCAGAGAACAUGCAACCGUUGGUGGCCACUGGAACUCGGGACACAACUCCUGUGAAGCGGCAAUGUCCCCCAAACCAAGAGCAGUCUGGCAAGGCAUGUUCUACCAAGAGCACAGUACUCAGGCAUCGGCUCCAGCUUCCCACCCCCAAACCCCAACUGUCCCAGGAGCAGGCACGGGUGCUCAGUGCUGUCCUGAGGGGCAAGAGCAUCUUCUUCACUGGAAGCGCAGGGACAGGGAAAUCCUAUUUGCUGAAGAGGAUCCUUGGCUCCCUCCCCCCAAAGGGCACAGUAGUCACAGCCAGCACCGGAGUGGCCGCCUGCCACAUUGGGGGUACCACUCUUCAUGCCUUUGCAGGAAUUGGUUCAGGAAAGGCCCCUCUUGCCCAAUGUGUGGCUCUGGCACAAAGAGCCAAUGUACGGCAGAGUUGGGUGAGCUGUCAGCGCCUUGUCAUCGAUGAAGUCUCCAUGGUAGAGGCAAGUCUGUUUGACAAGCUGGAAGCAGUGGCCAGAGCUGUUAGACAGCAGGACAAGCCCUUUGGGGGGAUUCAGCUCAUCAUUUGUGGAGAUUUCCUGCAGCUGCCACCAGUGACCAAGAACAACCAGCCCCCUCAGUUCUGCUUCCAGGCAAAAAGCUGGAGGAAAUGUAUCCAGUUGACUAUGGAGCUGACUGAAGUGUGGAGACAGACAGACCAGACUUUUAUUUCACUGCUACAGGCUGUUAGGCUAGGCAGGUGCUCAGAUGAGGUGACCCAGCAGCUGAAGGCCACAGCCAAACACAAAGUGGAGCACGAUGGGAUCCUGGCCACAAGACUCUGUACCCAUCAGGAUGAUGUGGCGUUGACCAAUGAGCGAAGGCUGCAGCAGCUGCCCGGCCAAGUCUACAGUUAUGAAGCUGUGGACAGUGACCCAGACAUGGUGAAGACUAUUGAUUCUCAGUGUCCAGUGAGUCACCUCCUGCAGCUCAAAUUGGGGGCCCAGGUGAUGCUGGUGAAGAACUUGGCAGUGUCUCAGGGUCUGGUAAAUGGAGCCCGAGGGGUUGUGGUUGGAUUUGAAGCAGAUGGUAGAGGGCUUCCCAGAGUGAAAUUCCUAUGUGGAGUCACAGAGGUUAUACGGACUGAACGAUGGACUGUUCAUGGCCCUGGUGGCCAGCUCCUCACCAGGCAACAGCUGCCCCUCCGCUUAGCCUGGGCUCUGUCCAUUCACAAGAGUCAGGGCAUGACUCUCGACUGUGUGGAGAUCUCACUGGCCCGGGUGUUUGAGAGUGGCCAGGCCUACGUGGCCCUCUCACGAGCUCGAAGCCUGCAGGGUUUGCGAGUGCUGGAUUUUGACCCUUCUGUAGUACGGUGCGAUCCUCGGGUGCUGAAGUACUAUGCUUCUCUACGGCAGCAGGCUUACUUGAAUGAGGAUGAAAACGAUUCAGAACAAGAAAACAUAGACCCUGACACAAGUUCCAGCCUCAAAAAGGGCAGAAAAUCCUAAUUCUCAUACUACCUGUAUGAUCUUGAACUCAGCACUUAAGCUCCAGACCUCCACUUCCUCAUCCAUAAAAUGAGAGGAAUGGACAGAAUGGCUUGUGAGGGCCCUUUCAGCCCUUGAUCUUUAUCUUGUAAGUUCUGUUAUAUGUCCCUCCCCUUCAUUCUCAAGGGGAGGGUUCCUGUCACUUCUCCCAAAUAUCAUCCUUUUUUUGUUCAUCUCUGGGCAGGGAAAAGUGUCUUCUACUACCUCAAUCUUCUCUCUGAGCAGGGAGUCCUUACCCUACUUCUCUGACUACUAGAGCAUGGACUUUAGUCCUGUAUCCAUCAUCUUUGUCUUCCAAUCAAAGAUCACACUUUUAUAUGGAGGGGGUUGUGAUUCUUUUCACUUCCAUAAUUUCCAGAAGGGGCUGGGAGCUGAGAAAAAGAUUCUCUUCCCCUUGUCGACUAUGACUCAACUUCCUCUUCUCUCACUCACUUCUGUGAGCCACAAAUAAGCUCUAGUUCAGAGGUUUUUAAAAAUAUGUAAAUAUAUAUGCACCCACACACAACUGUAUUUCAAUAUAUUUAAUUUUCUUUGUCACCCUGUAACAUUUUAUUUUAUGUAUUUAAAGACAUUAUUCUGACAUGGGUCUGUAGACUUGCCAAAGUCUAUGACGCAAAAAAUUUUAUUAGUUGGUAAGCUUGUGUAUGAUUUAUACCAAUGGAGAUUAAAGUACAUUCUAUCAGGAAAUUAUUUAAAUCAAUAAGAACAAGAGCCAUUUGCUGAGAGAUAAAUGGUUAAAAGAUAUGAACAGGCAGUUUUCAAAAGAAGACAUGUAAGCUAUCUACAACUACAUGGAAAAAAAUCCUCCAAAUCACCAAUAAUUAAAUAUAAAUGUAAGCAACUCUAAAGUUCUGUUUCACACCCAUAGGAUCAGCAAAGACGGGAAAAAAACAAAAUUGACAAUUGUUGGAGAGAUGGAUAGAAAAUAGGAACAAUAAAGUACUAUUGAUAGAACUAUAACAUUCUAGAAAACAAUUUGUAACUAUGUCUAAAAAUCACUACAGUAUUCAUACCCUAGGCCUAGUGAUACCUCUAUUGAACCUAAAUCCCAAAGAGUUCAAAGAAAGAGAAAAGGGAACCAUAUGUACAAAAUAGAGCA